UUUGAAAAUAUCGUUUCUUUGUAUAAUUGAAGAGCCACCAUGAAUGAAAUGACAUCGACGGAGGAGGCUGCACCGGAAAUGGUUACAGCCACGGAAACGGAAACCGAAUUGAUAGAGAAGUCGAGUGAAGUGUAUGAUGAAGAAGAGGACGAGAAAAUACACUCUCAGUCUCAGAAGAAGCCUGUAGUAGCAGUUCUUGAAGCCAAAUCUCUUCCCGACAUCAUCAGUGCUUACCUCAAUUAUCCCGACGCUGCAGAAGAGGAUCUGAAAAAAUGGGAAACAUCAUAUCAGAAGCUGUCUACUGCACACAAGGCAUUGUUACCUCAUUACCCUAAGAAGUUUCAGAGUUUAAGAAGGUGCGUAUCGAUGAAUUCACAUUUCAUAACUAAUAUGCUUCAGGCUUUUGAGCCUCCUCUAGACUUAAGCAAAUACAUGAGUCAGCGGAAAACAAGAGUAUUGUCUAUAGAGGAGCUUCAAAGGAUGGAAGGUUAUGAUCAUUCUCUCAAGAAUUACUCUGCAGACACAAGAAUCAAUAAUAAGACAUGUGAAUUUUAUGGAGGCCAGUUCAGUGUGUCAUUAUCAUCUCAUGAUUUUCUGGAUUCGUCGUUACAGACACAUGUGCCUCUUGUUGAUGUAGAUAAGGUUCGUUGGGUGAUGAGAAAUAUAGUUCGAGACUGGGGAGCAGAGGGUCAGACCACACGAGAUGAAUGCUACAAGCCUAUCCUUGAAGAGCUUGAUUCCUUGUUUCCUGAUCGUCAGAAAGAGAGCACUCCUCCUGCCUGUUUAGUCCCUGGUGCUGGACUUGGACGUCUUGCCCUUGAAAUUUCCCGUCUAGGUUUCAGAAGCGUAGGAAAUGAGAUUUCAUAUUACAUGAUGAUAUGCUCAAAUUUUAUUCUUAAUUAUACACAAGUGCUUGAUGAGUGGACAGUCUACCCCUGGAUAUACACCAACUGCAAUUCUCUCUCGGAAAAUGAUCAACUACGUCCUGUUUCUAUUCCUGAUAUUCACCCUGCAAGUGCAGGAGUAACAGAAGGUUUCUCUAUAUGUUGUGGUGAUUUUCUUGAAGUAUUAUUCAAUGAAUCAAGUCAUGCAGGGAUGUGGGAUGCAGUUGUGACUUGUUUUUUCAUCGAUACGACUCGUAAUAUCAUCGAGUACAUCGAAACGAUAUCCAAAGUCGUAAAAGAUGGAGGAGUUUGGAUCAAUUUAGGACCUCUGUGUUAUCACUUUGCGGACAUACCUGGCCUAGAAAAUGAAAUGUCGAUCGAACUAAGUUUGGAGGAUGUAAAGAGAGUUGCUUCGCAUUAUGGGUUUGAGAUUGAGAAAGAAAGAACAAUUGAUACAACGUACUGUGCAAAUCCCCGGUCUAUGCAGAAGAACCGCUACUAUUCUGUCUUCUGGACAAUGAGGAAGAAGUGUGCUACAUAAUAAAACUUAUCCAAACAUCCCUAAAGAACAUUCCAUUGUGGAGCAGUUGUUUUGUGUUGCACUUUGAUAUGUUUAUUACGAUCCAAUCUCAAAAGUCAAAACACGAACCAUUUCUUGUGUUGUUGUAAACUAAAUAAACUGUGUUCUCGGUUGAUGAACACUUGUACUCCGACUUUUUCGUUAUCCUUAGGCCACUCAUA